UGAUGGCUGAGGAGGAGGAGGAGUGAUGGAGCCGGCCAGAGAUGGGCGGGGCCACAGCUCCAGCAGGGUCGUGACACUCCUCUGGCAGGGAAGACCUUCGUUUGGAUUUGAGCCGGUGGGUUUUUGGUGGCCACUCUCACGAGUCAACGGACACAUUAGAGGUGUGUAUUGAUGCAACAGCUUGAUGUGAGGAGGCUCAACAUGACGCUCUUCUGACUGUAGGAAGGAGGGAUGCUCCUCCAGACAGGGGGAGCACUCAGCGGAAGCAGCUGUCUUCAAGCUCCUCCAUGAAGGAACACAAGCCGACGGUGAGCACUGAAACACAGUCAACCAUGGAGGUCAUCAACACGAACACACGAGUCAGAGACGACAGGAGGAAAACCAAGAAGCCACGCGGCGCAGGGAGAAGAAACGGAGUCCAAAUAUGAGCACCAGGGUUUAGAGUGGCGAACAGAAGAUCAUUCAAGACGUGGGAUAAAACGUACGCGGGUAGAGAGGAACGGACGGAACAAACGACCCGGCCCGCGUUGCUGGAGUCCUGGUGCUUUUACACACAGGUGACCAGAGGAUGAUGGGCUCCACAAACACAGGAAGGAAGGAGGGAGACACAGAAACGGGAGUCAAGGGAACAAAAUAAAAGCGGAGUGGCUGUGGCCCCACAGGGCCGGGGGCCGGGCCCUCCACUGGCCAGUGCACUUGCCAGACACAAACUUCUGGCAUCUCAUUUUACACUUCAUUCUGGCGCUGACCGAACCCCCACCAGAUCUGCUUGUAACCCCGACCUCUCUGAAUGAGGAUGGACGCUCAGCUGAGGGAAACCUCGGCUGGCCCAGUGGCCCCUGCCCUGCUCAGUACCGGGGGACACCAGCUGGGCUGCAUCGCCGCCAUGCUAACUGUGAUCCAGAUGAGCAGAGUCCCUGGACACAAGGGUUUCUCUGUUCACGUUGGGUCCAGCAUGUCCACACAGACAACAAACCAACUGAAAACACCGAAAGCUGAGAAAGAGCAGCAGCGGCCGAACUGGCUGCCACUCUCACAGCAGCCUUGGUUCUCUGGAUGCUUAUUGGAUGGUUCACUGUGGAGAGAGAGGCAGGGGACGAAGUGACAGCAAUGUCCCAACAAAGAUAGAAAUACAAGAGUGUGUGUGUGUGUGUGUGUUGGGGGGUGAGAGAGAGACAUGAGGGGGCGUGUGUGUCGGGUGCACGCGUGCUAUAUUCAGGUUGGGUCACUAGAACAUUCUCAAGUCAGCUGGUAGCUAUUUUAAGAGACUUUGCACUGUGUUGACUGCAGGACCUCCAGCGCAGCAGCAGGUUUCAUGAUUCUCUCCUCUUUACCCUUCAAUAAUACGCUCGCUUCAUAGCUGUGCACUUGCAUGUGGCUGCAUGCUGCGCUGGGCUUCCUCUGUCUCUGUCUCUGUCUGUCUGUCUCUGCCUCUGUGUCUCUGUCUCUGUCUCUGUCUGUGUCUGUCUGUCUCUGCCUCUGUCUGUGUGUCUGUGUGUGUGUGUGUGUGUGUGUGUGUGUGUGUGUGUGUGUGUGUGUGUGUCAGGUGAGCUCUGAAGCUCAGUCAUGCAUGCGCGUGGCUUGUCAUAUUUGUCAUCCAGGACGCUCCCUGACGUGUCAAACACCACGAGGUGUGUAGCGCAGCACCAGCCGUCCAUGCUGGUAUCUAUGACGUAUGAUGUGUCCAUAGUGGCUGUAAAUGCCCGUAGAGCAGGAGACCCAUGCGGCACAGCAGUUCCAUCGUAUUCCUGCUCCGACCCAAAACACCAGACAGACAGACCUUCUCCUCAGGGCUGGCUACACCACUCUCUCUCAGUCACCCUGCAGCUCAGCACCUUAGCAUGUAGCAUUGCUAAUGGCUCCUCCACACAGUGCACAAGUGCGGCCGUGUCCCAGGGUGAUAGACAGAAGAACAUACGGCGUAAGGUGGCGGCGGCUCGACCCAAGGCAACAGGCCCGAUGGUGGCCCGAGUUACUGAGCGGCGUGUUCCAUGGCUCCUCAUCAGGUCCAACACGUCUCGCCUGCUUCUCCUCAGAGCAGCUAUGGCCGACGGCGGCGACCUGUGCUCGGAGGACUUCCAGGACUUCUCCCUCUACAGCGACUGGAGCGAUGAGCAGCUGAUUCAGCUGGCGAUAGAGCGAAGUCUGAGCGAGCGCCAGGCCCGCGCCGCGUCUCCUCCCGUGACCCAGCGUCGCAGCCCUCAGCCUCCGGCUCCAAACCAGACCGUGGCUCACUACAGCUCCCCGAACCCCCCCAUGGAAAAGCCACCGGACCCAGACACCUUUGACGGCGUGGUCAGCUGCUUCGUGACCGGCUCGGGGAAGCGCAUGGUGGCUUACCGGAGACACGACGGCAGCCUGGUGCACGUGGCGCCGGAGCCUCUGGAGGUGGAGGAGCCUCUCCUCCAAGCUGUCCGCCUGGGUGACGCAGAGACGGUCAAACAGCUGGUGACGCGUGCAGGAACCAACCCGCUGCUGCCGGACAAACCUGGCUGGCUGGCCAUCCACCAGGCCGCCUUCUACGACAGGGGGCGCUGCCUGGAGGUCUUACUGGCAGCUCAGCCAGGAAUGGUGAACCAACAAACCGAGCGUGGAGAAACCGCCCUGCUGAUCGCCACCAGCCGCGAAAACCUGAGCCCUGCGGAGCUGCUGCUGGAGCACGGCGCCAACACGGACAUCAGCAACCACGAGAGAGAAUCGCCACUCUACAAAGCCUGUGAGCGGAGCAACGGCGCCCUGGUGGCGGCUCUGCUGAACCACGGCGCCUCGGUCAACGCCCAGUGUCACUUUGGCUGGACUGCCCUGCAGGAGGCGGCUUCCCGGAACAACGUGGAGAUCUGUGAGAUGCUGCUGAAGGCCGGCGCCAAGCUCAACCUGCCGAACAUCUACGGCAUCACUCCCACCUUCACAGCUGCUCAGAGCGGACAAGUGGCUGCGCUGCGCUGCCUGCUCAAACAUGGGGCCGAUGUGAACACGGAAGCGGCAGAUGGCGCCACGGCUCUUUAUGAAGCGGCCAAGAACGGCCACGAGGCCGUCGUGGAGCUCCUGCUGUCACAGAGCGCUGACGCCAACAGGCCGGGCAAAACUGGGCUGCUGCCGAUCCACGUGGCCGCGCAGCGCGGGAGCGACACAAUUGUGUCCAUGCUGAUCCCCAGGACCAGCAAAGCCCGGGUCCGGCGCACCGGCAUCAGCCCGCUGCACUUGGCUGUGGAGCGCAACCGAGACCAGGUCUUGGAGGUCCUGAUCCGAGCUGGGUUCGACGUGAACGCGCAGCUCUCGGAGGAGCGCUCCAAGCUCUACGAGGACCGGCGCAGCACGGCGCUCUACUUCUCCGUCCUGAACAACAACGUCGACGCCACGCGCGCGCUCCUGGCUGCCGGCGCGGACCCCAACCUGGACGUGCUGCGGCCGCUGAUGGUGGCCGCGCGGCAGGGCUGCAUCCGGACCGUCACGCUGCUGGUGGAGCACGGGGCCGACGUCAACGCCGAGAUCCCCACGCACCCGACCACCUUUCCCGCCGUCUACAUGUUCUCCAUGAAGUACCUGCCGCUGUUCAAGUACCUGCUGGACAACGGGGGGCGCGCGCGCCCCUGCUUCGACUGCGCCUACGGCAGCGCUCCGCACCCGCCAAUCGGGACGAGCCGCUCUCCGGGCGGGAGCGACGCUCGCGACCGCGGCAGGAAAGGAGUGCAGUUCUGCGAGAUGAUCUCAGCCCCGAGCAUCUGCCGCUGGUCCGGGCCCAUCAUCGACGUCUUGUUGGACUACGUCGGUCACGUGACCCUGUGCUCCCGGCUCCAGGAGCACCUGGACAGCUACCCAGACUGGGGGGUCAUCAAGGACAAAGCCACUCCCCCGCGCCCCCUGCUGCAGCUCUGCAGACUGCGCAUCCUUGGCCGGGUGCAGCGUCGUCACCUUCACAGGUUGCCUCUUCCUGCCAGGUUGAUCUCCUUCCUCCAACACCAGGAAGGAGCCGACGUCCUUUGACAUGGCCAAUGUCAUCGUGACCACUGGUCCGAACCACCUGGGGAGGGAGCGACGUGUGCGGACCAGACUUGCAGAGACAGACACACGUUUGACUCGGAUCCGUCACCACGCGACUCUGCUAAAGCUGGCCGGAGGCGACACAAGCGAUUCCACCGACCAGCGUCGUGGCAGAUCACGGGGGGGCCAGGGUUCCUGAGGGGUCAGCGACCCGAGCAGGGUGAGAGUUGACCCUGAUGCGCGGCAGGAAGAAGCCAGUGGAGCAUGCCGCCACCACGGGAAGCUCAAGACUGAGAGCUGCAUGGACAAAGCGACCAGAUGCUGCCCCCGUGUGGCGGAGCUUUGACAUGACCUCCACCGACGGACCCAUCCCGGUGGAUCACGUGCUCGCGUGUCGGGAAGAAGAGGCACGCGUUAAAACAUCAAAGACAUUUAUUUGUUGAUGCUGGUCCUGAAACUUUAGCUGAUGAAAAAUAUUUCCUUUCAACACAAAACGAUUUUACAUUCCCAGAAAUGGUACAUAAAUAAUCAGAGCCUUUUCAGUGUAGCACAAGUCCACGUCACAUUGGAGCCUCGCAGCGCCCCCUGCUGUUCACACAGAGAACCGCCGCCGGCAGAGUCGGACACACUCGGUGGAGAUUAUUGCGCUGACUUGGCGGAUUCGUCACCACACGUGACCUCCUGCCAUGUGAAACACACGCGCACACAGACAUGACGGCAGGCGACCACAACAGUCGCUGUUUGACACACAAACCCAGGCACGCGCCGCACCAACAUUCGUGGCUUGAAUCGACUUGAUCUUCCAAAAACAUUCCACUGUACACGUCAGGGCACGAGACACAUGGAGGGUACACGACGUCACAUGCAGAUGAGGACACCAUGACGUGCAGCCUGCACCGCGCCUGUGGCAACAUUCAUACUGCGUCUGCUCCGGCCCGGAGCCGGGAGGCGCAGGGGCCGAGGCUCAAGUCUUGGCGUGUCAGCGCUGGAGAGCAAAAAGCAACAGAGGAAGCGCAGCGACGUCAGGACGCCGCCGUUUUUGGUUUGAAAAAGUCCUGGCAAAUACACGCAGCACAACUGAAUUGAAGUGAGGCAAAGGUGGGUGGGAGGGAACGUGUCAACAACGACUCGAGUCACGCUCUCCACUGGACUCACUUCCCAGAAGCAUGAGGGUGGAGAAGCAGCUCUCUCAAACUCAACAGCAGACGGUGUCUGGACCUCCAUGCGUGAAAACGCCCUCAGUGCCACACCACAGCAAACAGUGUGCCGAGGAGGCCCACAAAUGCCUGCCAUCCAUUGAUCAGGGUCGGUGUUGAAGCCCAUCACGAGACUAAUCCUGGACCCACAUUGACUCACAAGCAUUUCUCAGCGGUUGGCAAAAAAUGGCUUUAAAUUAAAGGCGUAUAAAAAUAGGAAUCUCCCUAAAACGACAGGUGAAUUUGAAUCAAUGCUGCUAAAGCAAAAGACGAGGAGCCAAGCCAGACGAGUGUUGGAGGGGCGCUCCAGUGUACUCUACUCCUUUCAAGUUUCUAUGAGAAAAACAGCAAACCCUGAAGGUGUCUCCGAGAGAAGAGGAGGCCAGGCCAGCGAAGGCUGGACGGCCGCAGCGUGGCCCAGCCACCAGCAUGGCCGUCCAGCCCAGCCCCGCCCCCCUCUCUCUCACACACACACACGCCGCACCUCCACUCCAAACAUUCCUCUCCACAGUGCAACAGCAUGGCAGCAGAUGGAUAGCAGUGCUCUCAUUAAAAAAGAAGAGAAAUGGAAAUAAAAAUAUAUAUAUAUACACAACAUCAUGGGAGAACGCAGUUUUCUCAUCUUUUGGUCCGGCGUCCCGCUCCUAAAUGCUUCCUUUCAUCAACAGGAGUUCCAACACAACGCGUGUUCUGAAACCAGAAGCAGAGACACAUGAAGUCAGUGAGUGUGUGCGUGUACUGAUGG